CCAAAAUCAGGAAACUAAGUGUUGCUAUUAAUACAACUGAGCAAAAGGCUGAAGCUGGUGAAAGCUAAUGUACUCUCAGUUGAGGAGGACAGCGGUUUCAGUAAACUUCAGAAACUAAAAAAGGGUACAUUUGGGCAAAUGAUGCUCCUCGUGGGGUGAUUUUUGGGCACUUUCAAGGCUUUUACGACCAUGGACGAACCCAUCACAAGCACUGAAUCAGCAAACUCUGAAUCCCGUCCAGCACAUGAGCUGUUAAUUCUUCACACAGCCGAGGCGCAGGAAUGGGCGUCAUACUUGCAGCAGAUUUUAAAAUCCUCUAGAAAGUUCCGCAAAAGGUCUAUCCUGCUGUACGCGGUCGGCCCGGCGGAUCAGCUCCAUGGAUAUAACUUUGAAUACUUCGACAGCUGCAAGUGCAUCGUGCUGCUGCUCACCGGAGCCUUCCUGGACAUGCUCUAUGACCCUGAACUGCACGGAGCGCUUCAUAGACUCCUUUACCCGCCGCACAGAGUGGUGGUGCUGCUCUGUGGCAUCUCGGACGAUGACGUGAUGUCGGAGAGUUUCAAGGACUGGCAGAGCUGGAGAAAACUGUACGCCGACGACGAGCCCCCUGUCUACAUCACCACCAUUUUGGAGUCCCUCACUGACAGCAGGCGAGCGGCGGCUGAACACGCGUGUGAAGCUGCAGCCGCGUCAGAGUCGCACAUCACAGCAGCAGCAGUAGCAGAAACAGAAACAGCCUCUCUGACCGAAAAUCCCACCACAGCUGAAAAAGAGGAAGUGGUGUCAGAAGAGCAAAAAGAAACUGUCCUAGAGGAUGAAGAAGAACCUGCGAGCACGGGGAAUUCAGCAAGUGAGGAAAUUGGUGCUACACCUCCACAGCUCACCUGUCUCACCGUCCAACCAAACAGAGUUCUCUGUGGGGAGCAGGAGACACUGUUCAUCAUUUUCACACAGAAAUUAGACGAUCAGUCGGUGCCAGAGGUGGAGUUUAAAUCUGAAAGUGAAGACGCGAAAAGGGUGCCAUGCAGGGUGGAGAACGAAUACACAAUAAGUGUAGCUGCACCUGAUAUGCCUGCUGGAGUGGUAUCACUCACCAUGUACACUGACUGUUCCUGCAUCAAACUGCGUCCUGUUACAUAUUACACCAACAUGGGUGAAGUCAGUCGGUAUCUUGAAAAUGCUUCUGAUCCUAUUGAUUUCAUCUGCCAGGCCUUCAACUUGACGUCCAAUGCAACAGAAUCACUGGACACCAUGCUAACUGACUCGCUAAAAUCCAGAUUGCCUGCGACUGGUCUUCAGCUGUUUGGCAUCCGACAGAUUGAAGAGGACAAUAUGGCGGCAUAUCAGCGUGACGAGGAGCUUCCCACACUGCUCCACUUCGCUGCUAAGUACGGCCUGAAGAAGCUGACCACCACUCUCCUCCGGUGUCCCGGGGCUCUGCAGGCUUACAGUGUCAUGAACAAAUAUGGAGACUACCCCAACACGCUGGCAGAGAAGAGCGGCUUCUCUGAUCUCAGACAGUUCAUAGACGAAUUUGUUGAGACGGCCGACAUGCUCAAAUGUCACUUUGAGGACACCGUCAACACAGAGGAGGUUGCAGAGGUGUAUGAACUAAUGUCAACUACAUCUCAGGACAUCAUGAUGAAGUACUCCGGCUGCUCAGAGGACAUAUACGAGUCGAUGCUGGGGAUCGACCCUGAGUGUGCAGAGGACUUAUAUGAGGUGAUGACUGCGGUAGACGAGAACCCUGAGGAAGCUAUGCUCAGGAAGUUUUUCCAAGCGAAACCUCACGACAGCGUAGACGAGGACCACGACGAACACCUGAGAAGUGAAGAGGAGGACAAAGACAGUCACAAUGACUUAGAUCAGAUUGAAGAGGAGGAUCCAUACAACAUCUGUCCAGAGGAUAUCUAUGAUACUGUGGAUGAAAAAAGCACCUAUAACCCAAUAAUCCAGAACCGUCCACCAGCCCCCAUCCCCAGACCCGAGUUCGAGCCCGAGGCUGAAAAACCCAUGACCUACAUCUCUAGAGUAUUUUCAGAUAAAUGUACGACCCAGAGUAAAACGAUGGAGCCGGGAUAUCCUGCAGCUCGGCCUGUGUCAGAAGCCCCGACGCCACCCUAUGACCCCUACGCCGGGAUGAAGACCCCCGGACAGAGGCAGCUCAUAUCUCUGCAGGAGAGGGUGAAGGUCGGGGAAAUUACCGUGGACGAGGCCGUCCAAGAGUUCAAGGCUUGGCAGUUUGACCAUGAGCGGAGGGCGAACUCCAUACGCUACCAGCAGGAAAAUCUGAAGAGAUUACGGGACAGCAUCACCAGGCGUCACAAAGAGAGAGAGAAGACAGGAAAGGAUGAUUAUGAGAUAAGCGCCCCGCUGCAGAGGAACACAUACUGGGGCUCCAGUGUGACAUUAGAGUGUGCCGUGUACGAGCCGGCGCCCCGAACGGUGGCUCCGCCCCCUCCUGUGGCUCAGGCAAUUCAGAGAGGCAGCUGGAAGACGGGCAGCACGUCCAGCACAUCCAGUACUGAAAGCAACAGGCUCAGCACUCACAGCGCCUUCAGCUACAGCAGCGGGACCGAGCCCGACUUUGAGGACUCAGUAGAAAAUUUCCCUCCUCCACCACGACCUCCGCGGCCGUCUGAUGCUGCACCCGUCAUUCCUCCGCCCAGGAUUCCCCCACGGAUCCCAGAAAGGGUGCCAGAGAAGAUGAUGAACGAGCGCUACAUUUCCUACCCAACUCGAGCACUUCCCCAAAGACCUUCUCACAGUCAGUCAACCUCAGCACCUCCCAUACCUCGCCGCCUGCGGUGAUCGACAUAUUUUAGAAGGAUGUAUUGGAAAGACAGUGUGUUGUUCUAUAAACGACCAUCGGGAUUUAACAGGACGAAUCCACACAGAGACUGUACUUUUUUGUUUGUUUGUUUGUUUAUGUGUGUUGCUUUUAUAAAUUGUAUGUAUUCAUUUACCUUACAGAGUGAUUCAGUUUAUAUAAUAUUUCAUUGUGUGUGUGUGAGCCUGUGUCUUUGUGUAUGUGUGAGAGAAAUUUUUUACUGUAAAAACUUGCAACUGUAAUAGAACAUUUUUAAUUACUGUGACAUAACAAUAAAACUUAUUAUAGGUUUUA